AUGUAUAGUUCUGUGGAUUCGGGAACGAGUUCUCCAAACUCUUCGCAUUUCAUUGUCGUUGCGAUAGAUUUCGGCACAACUUUUAGUGGUUAUAGUUUUGCGUUCACAAGAGAUGUGGACAAUGCUAUUCAUAUGAUGAGGAAAGUCGAGGGUUGUGAUCCCGAUGUAAGCAAUCAAAAAAUUCCGACAAUAUUGCUGUUGAAUGAAGAUGGGGCGUUUCAUUCGUUUGGUUUCGCAGCCAGAGAUCAUUAUUCCAGUCUCGAACCAAAGGAUUCUAAGAAGUGGUUCUAUUUCGAGAAGUUUAAAAUGGAUUUGCAUUACAAUCAGUCAUUAUCAUUGGACACCAAAAUUCAAGCAACGAAUGGUAACAAAUCGAUGUCAGCGUUAACAGUGUUCGCGCACUCAUUGCGUUACUUUAAACAACUGGCCCUUCAAGAGCUCAGUGAUCAGUCAGCCAUCAAUAUCCUCAACGAAGACAUUCGUUGGGUUAUAACAGUUCCGGCCCUUUGGAAACCGUCGGCCAAACAGUUUAUGAGAGCCGCCGCUUACGAG